AGUGAGCGGAGGUUGCCCGCCUGAGGUCUGCAGCCUUCCAGGCCGUCGUCGCCAGCCUGACCCGCUCUUGCUCAGAUGGCGUCUAAGCCUGUGGGAAUUUUCGCAAUCUGGAGGCCCUGCUGCGGACCGGCUGCGGAGCGUGCAUGUGGCUGGGGCGCAGUCGGGUGUCAUGGGCUGUGGUGCAUUUAUUCUCUUAGGCCAGGUCUAGAAGGGAGGGUCUCUGCGUUGUUAGUUACCCCGUCAGCUUCGCUGUCAAUACUUUCCACUUUAUCUGGCUCCUGUUCACCUUGCCUCCUUCCCCUACCUGCACUCCUUCCUGUAGACUGCAAGACUCAACAAGUGACUUGCUGAGCAAUCCCUACCAAGAAGAGCCCUGCAUAGGGAGACAUGCGGGCAAAUACAAUAAAAGGGAAAGAACUGGCUUGACCUUUUUCUGGAGAGCCGGCUUCAGAUUAGUUACUGCUGUAAAUAAAGGGAUAGUUUUCGUUUCAGUCCAUGGCCAGCAUUACUGUUUAACUGUACAUUGCAGUGGGUGGUUGAUUCAUAAUUUAAAAGCACUAACUUAAAAAGUAAAAUCAUUUGCAUUGCCCUAAGAUUAAUUAGCAGUAAAGUAGGGCUUGAACUUGCCCAGGAGUCGGUUACCAAAUCUUAACUCGAAAGUAAGAUGGUAUGAUGAGGUUUAAGUAAUUUGUAAGUGGAAUAGAAAUUAAAUGCACUUCACACACUUGUUCUUCCUCUUUCCCCUCUAAUUCAGUGGUUGGUGUGUUUUCCUACUGCUAGCUUAAUACUGGGAUUCUCUAAGCAGCAUUACUUAGAGCUUAUAGCUGCAUUGCACCAUGUGUGGUAUUUGGGCCCUCUUUGGCAGUGAUGACUGCCUUUCUGUUCAGUGUCUGAGUGCUAUGAAGAUUGCACACAGGGGUCCAGAUGCGUUUCGUUUUGAGAAUGUCAACGGAUACACCAACUGUUGCUUUGGAUUUCACCGGUUGGCGGUGGUUGAUCAGCUGUUUGGAAUGCAGCCAAUUCGAGUGAAGAAAUAUCCUUAUUUGUGGCUCUGUUACAAUGGUGAAAUCUAUAACCACAAGAAGAUGCAACAACAUUUUGAAUUUGAAUACCAGACCAAAGUGGAUGGUGAGAUAAUCCUUCAUCUUUAUGACAAAGGAGGAAUUGAGCAAACAGUCUGUAUGUUGGAUGGUGUGUUUGCAUUUAUUUUACUGGAUACCGCCAAUAAGAAGAUAUUCCUUGGCAGAGACACCUAUGGAGUCAGACCUUUGUUUAAAGCCAUGACAGAAGAUGGAUUUUUGGCUGUGUGCUCAGAAGCUAAAGGUCUUGUGACAUUGAAGCACUCCACGGCUCCUUUUUUAAAAGUGGAGCCUUUUCUUCCAGGACACUAUGAAGUUUUGGAUUUAAAGCCAAAUGGCAAAGUUGCAUCAGUGGAAAUGGUUAAAUUUCAUCAUUGUAGGGACGAACCUCUGCAUGCCCUUUAUGACAAUGUGGAGAAGCUCUUCCCAGGUUUCGAGAUAGAAAUUGUGAAGAGCAACCUCCGGAUCCUUUUCAACAAUGCUAUUAAGAAGCGUUUAAUGACGGACAGAAGGAUUGGCUGCCUUUUGUCAGGGGGCUUGGACUCCAGCUUGGUAGCUGCCACACUGUUGCAGCAGCUAAAAGAGACCCAAGUACAGUACACUCUUCAGACUUUUGCAAUUGGCAUGGAAGACAGCCCUGAUUUACUGGCAGCUAGAAAGGUAGCAAAUCAUAUUGGAAGUGAACAUCAUGAAGUCCUCUUUAACUCUGAGGAAGGCAUUCAGGCUCUGGAUGAAGUCAUCUUCUCCUUGGAAACUUAUGACAUUACUACAGUUCGUGCUUCAGUAGGUAUGUAUCUAAUUUCCAAGUAUAUUCGGAAGAACACAGACAGCGUGGUUGUCUUCUCUGGAGAGGGAUCAGAUGAACUUACGCAGGGUUACAUAUAUUUUCACAAGGCUCCUUCUCCUGAAAAAGCCGAGGAGGAGAGCGAGAGGCUUCUGAAGGAACUCUAUCUGUUUGAUGUUCUUCGUGCAGAUCGCACUACUGCUGCCCACGGCCUUGAACUGAGAGUCCCGUUUCUGGAUCAUCGGUUUUCUUCUUAUUAUUUGUCUCUGCCACCAGAAAUGAGGAUUCCAAAGAAUGGCAUAGAAAAACACCUCCUUAGAGAGACGUUUGAGGACUCCAAUCUGAUACCCAAAGAGAUUCUCUGGCGACCAAAAGAAGCGUUCAGUGAUGGAAUAACUUCAAUAAAGAAUUCCUGGUUCAAGAUUUUACAGGAAUAUGUUGAACAUCAGGUUGAUGAUACAAUGAUGGCAAAUGCAGCUCAGAAAUUUCCCUUUAAUACUCCAAAAACCAAAGAAGGCUAUUAUUACCGUCAGAUCUUUGAACGCCACUACCCAGGCCGGGCCGACUGGCUGUCCCAUUACUGGAUGCCCAAGUGGAUCACUGCCACAGACCCCUCUGCCCGCACGCUAACGCACUAUAAGUCAGCUGCCAAGGCAUAGACUCGCCAAGCCGUAGAGUGAAAGCAAAUGUUUCAUCUUGUUGUGAACGGUAGGGGACAGUGGUGGAUAGAGGGCAAUGAGAGCUCCCCAGGUGGAAGCUCUUACUUGGGUGUGGAAGAAAUAAAACUC